AUGGUUGAUAGUGAUUCCGAUAAUAUUGCAAAUUUGUUCAAAGACACUGAUAAUUUAGAUGAAAAACUAUUUGGGAGAAAAAAGGAUGUUGCAUCAAAAAAAGGUCUUUCAAACAUCGAUAAUUUGCUCGGUGAUCCUCAGAAGGAGAAAAAAGCCAAAAAAAAUAUUGACGACUUUUUUCCUACUAAGAAAUCGACCGUUUCAUUUGUAGAUGAAUUAAGUGAUACUGAACUUCAGCAGCGAGAACAAACAACAAGAUCAAAAAGAAACAAGUCGGAGCGUUCAUCAACUAUGAGAGAUAUACCUUCCGCUGCGACAACUGGUAUUUAUCAAACAAAAUUGACGAAUAGAACAGCUUCCGAUUUGGAAACUUUAUUCGCACCAGAAUCCAAGUACGGAGCCAGCAGUUGGACAAGAAAAGGAACUGAGAGCAAAGCUGAUGAAAGCGGACGAUAUGAGGAUUCAAGUCGACUUGAAUCAACAAAAAGUCAAAAGAACCGGAUGACAAGCACACUGCUUGAAAUUCCUGAAUAUGAUCGCAUGCAGCGAAUGAGAAACGAAAUUAAUCGUCUAAAUCGGGAAAUAGAAUCCCUAAAGCGUAAACAAACGGCACGAGAAAAAGCAUUGGUGGAAGAAUGGAGAGAAAGGAUGAAAAUCCGAGAACGGCAAUUUGAAGAAGAAUUUGCCGAUUUGGAAGAAAAUCACCGGAAGCAAAUGAGUCAUUUGAAAAGUGACCACGAAAAUGUGUCCCAAUCUAUUCGUGAUAUGUUCCAUAGUCAGAUCGAAACAUUAACAAAUGGACAAAAAGAAUCAAAGAAUUAUGAGGAGAUGCUGGACAAAGUAGAUGAAUUGAUUGCAAAAAUAAGCGAAGUGACGACAAAUUUGAAUAAGCAAACGGAUAAAAACAACUCCGAUCAGAGCCAUUACAUUUCAUUCAGGGAACAACAGCUCGAAAUUCGAGAAGAAAGAAUCAAAAAGGAAGAGGAGUGGCUGACGAAUGAAAAACGACAUGUGAUUGAAUUAAAUUUGAAACUGAAAAGUUUAUACGACAGUAACGAACAAAAUACUCUAAAAGUUGGUGCCCUAAGACAUUUUAGUGUAGCAUCAAACGCUGGCUUGUGGCAAGUACGUGAAGAACGCCAAAAAUUGAAUGCGGAAAAAGAAGCAUUUAAAAAUGAGCAGCUAAGAAUUCUGAAUGCGGCGGAACAACAAAAGAUCGAGAUUGAGGCUUCAAAGUCCAAUUUUCUCCGUGACCAACAUGAUCUGAUAAUACGCGUAAUGGCUGCAAAAUCAUCGCUGGAAGCUGAAAAGAGUGCAUUCGAUUCGCAACGUCAGCAGGAUGUGUCAAGGUUGAAAAUGGAAGCCGAACAACUUGAUCAUAAAUUGAAAGAGGUGCAAAAUGCUGAAGACAUUUUACAGAAUACGCAAAGAAUUUAUGAACAGAAAUACCAACAGCUGGUGACAUUGGAAAGAGCACUUAUAGACGAAUGUUUUGAACUAGAACGAUGUCGCAAGCAAUUGGAAACCGUUCAAAACGACACUCGAAAGAAACGCAAUUCAAGAAAUGAACAGUUUCAGCAAGUAAUACCAAUGAUGGAUAUAAACGGGCCGGACUUCAUCACAGAUCCGUACAUCGAUGAAAGGCCCAACCAAAGGUUGAGAUUUAUUGCAUACAUGGAAGAUCGAUUGAAAGAUAUGCUAACAAUUCGACAUCGAGCUCUAAAAUUAUCAGUCCUACAAAAAACGAAGAACAAACAAGAUGUGAGAAUUAGUGACAAAACCUGUAUUAGCAAACAACAGUAA